AUGGCUUAUUCUGUUCGUCUCAGUGGAACUGUACUCUCCUCUCUACUGUACGAAUGUGCGAAUUCGAAAACUGAUAUUGAAGGCUUCUUGUUGGGCGUGCUCUCGUACAAAACAACCCUCACAAACGACGAUUCUUCUGAACAGGCAUACGAACGACGAGAGGACUUUAUCAUCAUUCAUGGCUUUCAGAUAUUGAAGGAAAAGCCGUACGAUGAUCAUGGCAACAUCAACAAAGCCCUUGUGCAAACUCAACAGAGGGAUCUCUCAUCUAUUGUAGGAUAUUUCAAAUUUAGAAGACAAACAGAUAUAGCACUGUCUGUUCGAGAUCAGUUAUGGAUGCAAUCCUACUCGCAAAAUAUACCACAUGGCUGCAUUGCCAUCAUAUCAUCCACACUCAAUAACGCUUUGGCCGAUAAGUCGACACAUAGCUACGAAUUUGCUUUUUGGGAUAUGAAAUCAUCCAUUGCAAAACUGCCAAUUGAUAUCACAAACAUGACGGAAAGCACACUUGGAUACAAAAACUUCAUGUCAAAUACACCGUACAAAUUAACAGAGGGAUCUAGCAAUCAUAUGCUAGCCUCUAUUUCACCAACCAGCCUUAUCAUUGAACAGUAUGACAGCAUGUACCAACAAUCAAUACAAGCAUUAAGGACAGCAUCACAUAGAGUCGCCGAAAAGGAGGCAGAGUUAGAAAAAUUGAAGAAAGAAAUAGAAGGAUUACAGCAAGCUAAUAAUAAACGAUUCUAA